CAGACAGCAGACAUGUUGCUUCACUGAGUGUUGGUGUCUCUGCGGCCAGGAUACAUUUCAGCAUUUUCCAGACCGAUUUGUGAUGAUGGGGCAGGAGCAAAGCCAAAAUGAGGAGAUGGACUUGGCCCAGAUUCAGGAGCUAUGCAUCGUUUUUAUGAAGGAAUGUCCAAGCGGUGCUCUGCAUUUGCACGAGUUCAAGAGAAUCUUUGGCGUCUCCAGCUCCUCUGCAGAGGAGUCUCUCUUCAUUGAAACUAUAUUCCGCUCUUUUGACACAAACCAGGACAACGCGCUGGACUUCCUGGAGUACGUUGCAGCGCUUCAUCUGAUCUUGAGAGGGAACCUUGAAGAUCGGCUCAAGUGGUCUUUUAAAAUGUACGACAAGGAUGGGAAUGGAAAGUUAGACCGGCAAGAGGUGAAACGGAUCAUAAAGAUUUUGUACAAAAUAAAGCUACAAAACUCUGAUGUCAGUUUGACACCGUCUGAAAUCUGUGACAGAAUCUUUGACCUGGUUGACCAGAACAAUGAUGGUCAGAUUACCUUGGCAGAGUUCAUGGAGGGAGCCCAGCAGGAUGAAUGGGUCAUGAACAUUCUCAAGUUGGACGUCAACGUCUCCGGCUGGGUCAUCCAGAAUUGGGGCAAAUGAUCCAAUCAAUGAUAUCAGUAAUUUAACAAAGCUUUGCUUAAACACAGACACAUGUUCUGUGUGGGCAUUUGAUGUCUCCAAGAUGAUUUGGUGGUUUGGCGGUGGAGGCAGUGGACCUUUUACAGGCUGUGUUACGCUGCUGAUUGAUGGUCAGAAUCGUUGCUUCAUUCCUCUCAUCGGACCUGCCAAGAAAGACUCAAGACUCAAGAAAGUCAAUAUUUGGGAGGAGGUUUGUUUUUGAAUGCAAGGCAAGGAAGUGUCAAUAAUCAUUAUUAUUGAAAACAUGCUUAUGUCAGCAGUUACUACAUACCUUCUACCUCCUCUUGUUGCCAUUUUUUCAUGAUUCUAUAUUAUGUUUGAUGUAAUCAUUUUAGCAUGACAAAAUAUUUGUACACAUCACGUUAUGGCUGCCACAAAUUGUCAUUUUGUUUGUGCAAUUUUCUUCAGUGUUUUUCUUGGCGGUUUAGGUUCCCCGUAUCUUAAAGGGGAACCCCAAUUUUUUGGGAAUUUGACCUAUCAUUCACAUCCUUCAGUAAGACUAUAAAAUAUACGUUUUUCUUUUUUUUAUGCAUUCUAACUAGUAAAUAAAUGCGAGCAAAAGUCCGCUUACAAUGGAGUCUGUGGGAGUUGUUCUAUUCUGCCUAAAAAGCGCCGUAAAAAACAUCCAAUCACUUCCAUCAAGGUUUUAUAUACACUCUGUGAGUAUAUUUGUAAUGUAAUAAAAGGCACAAUUAUAAUAACAUUUAAUAUUUACAUAGUUUGCUCAUUUUAAGCAUACAGCGGCACAUUAUUUCACAAACACUCCACAACGUUUGCUUUUUUCCCCCAAGACAUCACUGUCAUGUCUGUGAUCAUGUUUUGUUUAGUUAUGUUUUGCUUGGUUUUUGGACACUUUUUAGUUCCUGUUUUCACUCUCUUGCUUUGUCACCAUAGCAACCAUUAGUUUCACCUGGUUCACAUCCUCAUGUCACGCACCUGUCUGACGUUUUCACAUUUUGAGUCACGCACCUGCUGUCACUAAUCAUGUCACUAUUAUUUAAGCUUCCAGUUGCCAGGCUGUCUUUCUGGCGACAUCACUCUGCUUCAUGCCAUGUUUACGGUUUCAUGCUUAGUUCACGCUGCUUGUUUCAUAGUCCAUGCUGCCCUGUUCAUGUCAUCGCAAGUAAGUUUUGUUUAUUAAUACCACAGUUAGUGUUUUUGUUUCAUGUUCAGUUAAUUGCCUUUGUGCUAGGCAACUAUUUUCGUGUAUUCCCAUAAUGCCAUACUUGUUUGCAGGAACGGGAACAUUGGUAAUAUUCAUCAUUCUUAAUUGCAUGUAUUUUUUGUAUUAUUACUGUAAUAAGUUAUAUUUAUUUACUAUGUUGAAUUAUUUGUGUAGUUUUUUUUAUUAAUUAU